AUGUCAGACUCCGAAGAAGAGGGAGGACUAUCCCUCGAUUCUGUUUUCACUGAGCCGCCUCGGCCUCCUUCUCCGGAACCCACCACAACGACCUACACGAGAGAGCGAAAAUCCGAUCACAGCGAUUGGUCUUCCAUCGACAUACGACUCGUCGGAUCUCACCCUCUAUGGGCACACCACCUAUGGAACGCUUCGCGAGCGUUCGCGUCUUACUUGGACGAGUACCCCGAGAUCUAUAGGGACAGGGAAGUUCUGGAGCUCGGUGCGGGCGGUGCUCUUCCAGGUAUCGUUGCCGCCAAGAAUGGCGCUAAAAUGGUCGUAAUAACGGACUAUCCCGACGCUGCACUGGUCGACAACAUGUCAUAUAACGUACAACAAAAUAUUUCCGAGCCAGACAGGACGAAGGUGCAUGUAGAGGGCUAUAUUUGGGGACAUGCCGUCGAACCCCUGUUGGCGCUGCUUCCAGUGGAAUCGGACACCGACGAGCGAGCCUUCGACCUGAUCAUUCUCUCCGAUCUCAUUUUCAACCACUCGCAGCACGAAGCGAUGCUCAAGUCCUGCGACCUUGCGCUGUCCAAGCAAAAGGCCUCUGCACAAUCUGACGGCAAUGCCCAAUCCCGGCCCCCGCCAUGCCUCCUGGUCUUCUACACCCAUCACCGGCCGCACCUCGCCGACCGUGACAUGGACUUCUUCACGAAAGCGCGCGAGCGCGGAUGGCACUGUGAAGAAAUCCUCACGAGGAAAUACCCCCCCAUGUUCCCGGAGGACCCGGGAGAGGAAGAGGUCAGGGCGACUGUGCAUGGGUGGCGUUUGACCCGCGCGUAA